AUGGACUCCCUGACUAGUUACGAAGAUCUCUCUGUCGAUGCCCAACGUACCGUGCAGGGUAUACGCGGAGUCGAAGACAAGAUGUCGACCAUACAGAAGGAAUUUCUUUUCGCGCGAUUCGAAUUGGAACGGAAGUGGUCUGCCAAGUUCCAAGACGCUUAUGCACGCCGUCUUGCCCUGCUUUCUGGUCAAGCAGAAGCAACCAGUGACGAGGUCUCGCGUGGUGAGAAAAGGAGUCGUCGUCUGGACCCAGACUACAAGAAACUGCCCGCAUCGAAAGCGUCAAAGGGGAAAGCAGCGACUGUCAAAAAGUUCUGGCUAGAGGUUCUCUCCAACUCUGACGUUGGCCCUCACAUCUUGGAGAGCGAUGUCCAUGCGCUGGAGCAUCUGACGAACAUAGCUAUCAGCUACCCACAGGGUAAUACACCAGUAUUCGCCUUGGAGUUCGCCUUCUCGGACAACAAGUAUUUUAAGAACUCGAAGAUCAUGGUCACAUACCAUUACUCCGCGGAGGUGCUUCCUUCGGGAGCGCUGAGAUAUAGCCAUGUUGUCGCCGACAAGAUUCACUGGAAGCCAAAACAGAACCUCAUCGAGAAGGCAGCACAAGCUGACGUCGGAGACGAGGACGAGGAGGAAGGGGAGAUGUCAUUUUUCUCAAUGCUCCAGCCUCCGGCACCCAUUACCGUCCCCCCACGACCCGGCAAGCAUGACGACGACGACGAGGAUGAGCGUGAGUCGGACUUGGAGCUGACGUUCGAGUUUGGCUUGACUGUGAAAGAGUUGCUCCUAAAUGCGGUGGACUACUUCAUGGGAGAUGUGAUUAGUGACGACGACGAUGAAGAUGAAGACGACGAUGACGAUUGGGAGGGAUACAGCGAUAAUGAUGACUGA